AUGCUUCCCGGGCGGCUGCGCGAGGGCGCCAAGGUGAGCCUGGUCCGGGCCGGGCGCCCUGUCCGCGGCACCGUCCGCUUUGUGGGCCUCACACACUUUGCGCCGGGCAUGUGGGUCGGCGUCGAGCUGGAGCGCAAGGCCGGCAAAAGUAACGGCUCUGUGGCCGGCGUCUCGUACUUUGUGUGCAAGCCGCGGUAUGGGGUCUUUGUCCGCCCGGACGCGGUGCGGCUGCAGUUGCACGGCGGCGCCCGCCCGCCGCAUCCGGGCCGGGUCAUUACCUCGCCGGCCGCCGUGGCCUCGGUCUCCAUCUCGGCGAGCAUGGUCGACGCCAUCGCCCGCCACGCCGCAGACGAGGCUGCCCGCCGUGAUCGUGUUGCCGCACAGCGCUCGCGCUCGCGCCACGCCCGCCGAACUGCAGCGGUCGGCGCACGGACCGACUCGGGCGGCGCCCAUGCGCUGCCGCUGCUGCCCCGCGAGGCUGUAGAUCCACGCGGCGCUGUGCCAGCCCACAAGCGCAGGUACCACGCCAGCAUGCAGGCGACCAAGUUCAAGGUCGGCGACUUUGUCAAGGCUGCCUACGACCGCAUCGGUGUCGAGCUCCACGGCUUUGUCAUUUCGGUUGGCUACCGCCCGGGCCGCUCCGGUCUCUGGAUCGGCCUCGCUGUUGACUGCCCGCCGCACACACUCCCGCUCAUCCCCAAGUACUGCGAAGUCGAUCCUAGCACGCCGCCAGGCGCGCACGCGUCGGCGUUCUUUGUCCGCCCCUCGGCGCUGGAGCAUGGUGACAAGAACGACUUUAUUCUGUACUCGGAGCGCUCGCGCGCCGGGCGCGAGGCCGCCGCCGCCGCCGCUAUCGAUGCUGCCGCCGAGGCCCUUCUCGACGAUGUCGACGCCGACGCCGACUCGCUCCUGAGCAACGUGCCGUCGUUCUGUAGCGAUUCAGCAGGCGAUGGCAGCGAGCAUAGGCCACCACCGCCGGCCGACUGGUCGUUCUCGUCUUCGGACGACGAGUACGCGCCGGUUCCGGUCGCCGCCGGCCUCUCGGGAGCCCUACCACAGUGA